GCCGAACCCUACUGCUCUUCCAAAGCCUCUCCCAAACCCUCCUGCCGCCGCCGCCGCCGCCGCCGCCGCCGCCGCCGCCUCCCGCAACCGAGCAGCAGCCAUGCCUCCCAAGCUCGACCCGUCGCAGGUGGUGGAGGUCUACGUCCGCGUGACGGGAGGCGAGGUCGGCGCGGCGUCGUCGCUUGCCCCCAAGAUCGGUCCUCUCGGUCUCUCCCCCAAGAAGAUCGGUGAGGACAUCGCCAAGGAGACGGCCAAGGACUGGAAGGGCCUCCGCGUCACCGUCAAGCUCACCGUCCAGAACCGUCAGGCGAAGGUCUCCGUCGUCCCGUCGGCCGCGGCGCUCGUCAUCAAGUCCCUCAAGGAGCCCGAGAGGGACAGGAAGAAGGUGAAGAACAUCAAGCACAACGGGAACAUCAGUCUUGACGACGUCAUCGAGAUCGCCAAGAUUAUGUCGCCCAGGUCCAUGGCCAAGGAGAUGACCGGGACCGUCAAGGAGAUCCUCGGUACCUGCGUCAGCGUUGGGUGCACCGUCGACGGGAAGGACCCCAAGGACCUGCAGACGGAGAUCGACGACGGCGAGGUCGAGAUCCCCUCCGCUUGAAGACCUGACAUGAGGUGAUUGCCAUCUGAUGAUAUGGAAGCCGUGUCAUGUUCCAAAUGUUUCUUAUGUACCCACCAAACAAUAUGAUCCCUCCUAUUUUUGUCAUGCUUUAGUAGUAGUAAUCUUGUGAGACCUCAGUUGUUACUACUGCGUGGUUGGUCUUUGCAAUGUAGUUUCUGAACUUGGAUAACUUAAUCUAUACCAUUCAGUGUGGUGAAAGGUUUCUUGCUA